UCAAAGUUAAAAACAGACUUUGUUAUUGCUGGGCGCUCGCUGACACGUUUACGGCUUCCCUCCUUCACGCAAUUUCGACGCAAGCAAAUCGGAUUUCCUCAGUCAAUUUUUGUGCAGAAAUUCAACACCUGGGCAACUAUAGUUAUAGUUAAAACUCCAACUGGAGAUUGCAGACGUUAACGGUGGCUGUGCAGCUGGAAGAAGAAAAGCCUUUUUUGCAGAUUGUGCGUGGAGAAUUUCCAGAGCGUCAUGGCGACCGAAGUGGAAACCUGGUCCAACGCUCACCCAGCAGACGCAGAGAACAAGCGCGACGAAGAUGAUGAGCUGAACGAGUUGGAGGUCAACGGUAACUGGACACCGCAAGAGAAAGCUCUUCAUGAGGCCCGACUCAGAGCCAAGGCCAAGAGGCGCCAACGCAAGGGCUCGUCCCGCAACUCCACCAGCGACUCUUUCUCGGAGUCUGGAGAGUUGGCGGGAGGUGACCCCAACAGUCCCAAAGGCAAAGUUCCCACCAAUGACCGCAAGUCGAGGACCGGCAAAGGGAGAGGUCUGCCGAAGAAAGGUGGAGCUGGUGGGAAAGGUGUGUGGGGUGCUGCAGGCAUGGUUUAUGAAGAUGAAGAACUUGACGUGUUGGACCCCAAUUAUGACGAGUCAGCUCAGGGAGACACAGUUUACGCCAAAGUUGUGCCUGAGUUGAGUGAGAAGGAGCUGGAGAAAAUAGUCAACCCCAUUGUACAGGAAUAUUUUGAACACGGAGACACCAAGGAGGUGGAGGCAUUGUUGAAGGGGCUCAACCUGGGCUCUCAGCGGUACGAGUUCUCGUCCAUGGCCGUGUCUCUGUCCCUGGAAGGAAAGGCCAGCCACCGAGAGCUCACCUCCCGCCUCCUGUCCGACCUUGCCGUGAAGGUGCUGUCCCAAAAUGACAUGCGACGGGCCUUUGAUAAAAUGCUGAAAGAGCUGCCUGAUCUCAUCUUGGACACGCCCGAAGCACCUCAGAUGUUGGGCCAGUUCAUAGCCCGAGCCAUCGCCGACCAUGUCCUACCAAUGUCCUUCCUGGAUAACUACAAGGGAAAAGUGGACUGUGAGCAUGCCCGAGUGGCUUUAGAUCGGGCCGCCGUGCUGCUGUCUAUGAAGAGGGCAAUGGUUCGCCUGGACAACGUCUGGGGUGUCGGCGGGGGGCUCAGACCGGUCAAACAUCUGGUUAAGGAGAUGAACCUGCUGCUGAAGGAGUUUCUGGUGUCAGGAGAGCUGCCUGAGGCGGAGCGGUGCCUGAAGGAGCUGGAGGUCCCACAUUUCCACCAUGAGCUGGUCUACGAGGCUGUGGUGAUGGUGUUGGAGUCCAAAGGAGACACUGUCAGUCACAUGAUGAUGAAGCUGCUGCAGUCGUUUUGGAAGUCGGGACUCAUCACCGUGGAUCAGAUGAACAGGGGAUUCCGCCGCGUGUACGACGAGCUCCCAGAGAUCAACCUGGAUGUGCCACAUGCCCACUCCAUCAUGGAGACGUUCGUGGACCUCUGUUACCAGGAGUCCAUCAUCACCAAACAGCUCAGGGACGACUGCCCAUCCAGGGGGCGCAAACGCUUUGUAAGUGAAGGCGACGGUGGCGCCAUCAAGAACUAGCUCAACAGAAGAGGGUCGUCAUCAUCAGGAAAGUUCCAGCUUCAUCCACACAUGCACUUGAGUCCUGGUUUCAGCUGCCACCAGUGAAGGAGUGAUUCAGUUUGACUUUAUAUGAACACUAUACGUAUAUAUAAAUAUAUAUUUCAUACCACAGUGGAGAUUCACUUACAUCUGUGUGUACAAGAAAACGCCAAUAAUACACAGGGAAAAGGUUACGAGGGAACUUUUUGAUCCGUCUGUGUGUAGGAAUAUCUUUUUGUAUUAUAGCAUUAUUAUAGCAUCUAAAUUCAGAAUACACAUUAUUCUAGAGUCAUAUACAUUUAUUUUCAUGAUGUACAUAUGAAAAUGUCAGUGGAUGAAAAAAAAUUGUACCAAACACAAUAUUGCUGUUAAAAGCCCUUGUAAUUUAACUGCAUUCGAGCGUAGUUUGUCCAACUACUGACUCAAGGAUGCAAGGCUGGAGUGUGAAGCAGGAGCGUGUUAUGUGAUGUGACUCUUCCUCUCCUGAUGAUGGCAGCGCGACACGCACCAGCUAGACGACCGCAGAAUGACCAGUGACCCGGACGUUGAGCACCAUUCACCUUCUUGCUACAGUCUUGUCUUUUGUAAGAGCUGUGAGAAAAACCAACAGGGGUCUUUUGUGUCAGUUUAUUUUUGACACGUUAUUUUUGUUUACGCUUUGAGCUCAUUCAGAGCCGUGGGUGGGGAUGCACUUAAUUCAACAACAAACUCUUUUUUUUUUUUUUUUUUUUUUUUUUUUUUGACACAAAUAAUUUGAAAUGAAUAUUGUUUUCCAUGUUAUUUUUUUUUUUUGUUGCCAUUUAUUAAUAUCCCGGAUUGUUGCAGCCGGAGUGAGACAGCUGGUUUUAGGAGACUAUUUGUAAAGUAGUACAAAUAGUAAGGAAUGUUUUGUGGUUGGAUGUUGCUUGAUGUCGUCGUCUGGAUUGUUUCAAAGUCAGUCAUGACUGUGCUCUCAAUUUGUUUAUAUGGCUGUAAAGAAAGCCACUUUUUCUUUUGUUCUGGGAAACUUGUUGAACUUUCUUCAUCUGUAACUGUCUUACAUGUUGACCAAAGUUUAAAUGUUGGUUAAAAAAAAAUCAUUAUUAAAAAAAGGCAACAAAAGAGUGUCUUUGCCAUCUU